UGGCGAGAGACCUGGGCACUUGAGAAUGGGUCCCGCUUGUCCCCAAACCGACGACCUGCCAGUACAAUAUGAGCACGGUGGGAAGCCUCAGACAUAUUCCCUUCCCUCAACUUUUGAACUCACGCUCACUGACACCAUGUUGUCCUCUGACUUCGUGUCACUGCCUCGCCCGUCGAGUGCAUCGCCCGUCGACGAGUGCAACACUCUCGUCUACGCAUUGCCUGAGAUACCUGCGCACGUCAUCGCGCUAGUCGCUUCCCCACGGCUCACACAGCUACCGUGACAUGCUCCGCCUGCAAUCGAUAACCAAAUGCAACAAAGACAAAAGUUUCGGUACAUCUGACAGAACUUCCACCCACGCAACACGCAGCAUCCCACUCGACAAUCAACCUUAGGCAGCGAAACGACAUCACCCGACAUCACUGUCGCUCAUUUCUCAUAGAUAAACAUUGCGCAGGGGAAAGUUGCCGACCACCAAUGGCAGACCGACCUCCACCCUCGGCCGCGGCCAUCGCCAUUGGCACGGCCAUCGUUUCUGGCCUGAUGGGCUACUACAUCGGUCAGGCGCAAAGCAUUGGUGUGUUCGGUGGCUCCCAAAAAUCACCUGCGACACUGUCUGGCGUGUCGCGCGCGAAAGGCAAGGAUGAAGCCGAAGACGAAGACGAAGACGAUGACGACGACGACGGCGAAGAGGAGGAGGAGGAGGAAUCGAUCGAGGGUCUCAAGUCCUUUGACGGCAACACGGAAGAGUGCAAAAUGGUCUUUGUCGUUCGCACCGACCUCGGCAUGACCAAAGGCAAAAUCGCCGCCCAAUGUUCCCACGCCACCCUCGCCUGCUACAAAACUCUCCUGCGCACCGGCGGCAAUAAUCCCACCACCAUCCAUCCAAUCCUCCGCCGCUGGGAACGACUUGGCCAGGCCAAGAUCGCCUUGAAAUGCGACGGUGGCGAAGAUGACCUUCUGGUGCUGCAGGCGCAAGCGGUGAGCCUUGGCCUCUGCGCGCAGGUCAUUCACGACGCGGGUCGCACGCAGAUCGCCGCGGGUUCGGCGACUGUCUUGGGUAUUGGACCUGGGCCUAGGAGCGUGGUGGAUGGGGUGACGGGACAUUUGAAGUUGUUAUGAGCGGAAUUGAAGAGAAAAGAGCGAGAGGAAAAAAGGAAGAAAGCGGGAGAGGUGGGCUGGCGCACCGGACAUUCUCAGAAAGAGCUGAAGUGAAUGAUCGUCGAGAUGAAAUGCAACUCAGAGAUGUAGAUGUCGUCGUGGGUGAUGGAUUCUUUGGCGAAUUCGAUACACAUUGAUGCACUUGGGACGAAGGACGUUUGCCAUUCGUCCUAACGCGCAAUCUAGAGAUAGACAAUCACUCUGGAUUUAUCACAGUGAUCCAGUAUGAGAGGAUCGAUGCGCCUCUCGUCUGUCACCCAUUUCCGUUCACUCCUGCGGUCAGAUCAGAACUGCCAGCUACUCAAGCUGAGGCUACAUUCUCGGUCUUUUCGGCGACCUCUCUCAUCUUGUCCGGAACAAUGGCCGUGGCGGAUCU